CAGAUCGCAGAAGAAGAAGUGAACAAGAAAUGUCAAACUAAUUUAAAAAAUAAUCAUGAAGACUCUAAAUACGAAUGUAAAUAUUGAUAGCUAUCGCAAAAUAGUACAAACUUACAUAAAUUUGCAUGCGUAUAAAUCUGCUUUAUUUUGGGCUGACAAAGUGGUUGCCUUAACUGGAAAUCCAAGGGAUGUUUACUGGCUGGCGCAAUGUAUGUAUUUAUUAAAACAAUAUCAUCGAGCUGCCCAUUUAUUAAGGUCAAAGAACUUAGAAAAGUCCUACGUUUUAUGUAAUUACCUAACAGUAAGAUGCCUAUUGGAAGCUAAUGAAUUGACUGAUGCUUUAAAAGUUGUUAAUUUAAUUGAUUUGCACAGUUUUCCAAUUAAAAGUUCAAAUGCUACUCCAAAUGUUUCUGUACAGGAAUAUAUUUUGUUUGAAGAUACUCCUAAAAGUCAAACAUAUGCUGCAAUGUACCUUUUAAAAGGUAAAGUAUUAGAAGCAAUGGAUAAUCGUGGAUUAGCUGCAGGAUGUUACAAGUUAGCUUUAAGUAAAGAUGUCUACUGUUAUGAAGCAUUUGACUCAUUAAUUAAAUACCAAAUGCUUACAGCAGCUGAAGAACAAGAAUUACUAAACUCAUUAAAUGUUCCAAUAUCAGAACAAUGCAAUGCAGAAGAUGCCGAAAUUUUAUUAACAUUAUAUGAAAGUAAACUAAAAAAAUAUCAUACACCAACCAAAGCAAAGCUCAUGGAAUCUAAAAUACUAUUUGGAAGUACUCCAUAUUCAGGAAAUAUAAACAGACAAAUAAAUUUAACCACACAAAGCAAUUCAUCAUUGCCAGCCAUACUCAUUACACCUACCUCAAUUAGUAGUACCUCAAUCAAUAGUACUCCCAAUAUAAUAUACAAUAAUGAAAAAAAUUCCAAAAAUGAAUCAAAGAAAGGCAAAAUAAGUAAUGCUGAAAGUAUGGUAACAGAAUCAUCGGAAAAUACCUUAAUAUUAAGAUUAAAAGACAGUUUAGAUUUGCAUGUAGCUGAAGCUGAAAGGAUGUACUAUAAUUGUGACUAUCAGAAGUGCAGUGUCUUAACAGAGAAUAUUUUGAAGCAAGAUCCCUAUCAUGAUAGUUGUCUGCCUAUACAUAUUUCGUGUUUAGUUGAAUUAAAACAAAGCAACAAAUUGUUCUCCUUGGCCCAUAAUUUGGUUGAUUUGUAUCCUAAUAUGGCUAUAUCAUGGUUUGCUGUAGGGUGUUACUACUAUAUUAUUGAAAAAAGUGAUUAUGCAAGAAGAUAUCUGGCAAAAGCAACAUGUUUGGAUAGGCUUUUUGGGCCAGCAUGGCUGGCCUAUGGCCAUUCAUUUGCAGUAGAAAAUGAACAUGAUCAAGCUAUGGCAGCUUAUUUUAAAGCAUCACAAUUAAUGAAAGGAUGUCAUUUGCCAUUAUUAUAUAUUGGCCUGGAAUGUGGUUUAACAAAUAAUGUGAGAUUGGCAGAAAAAUUUGUCCAGCAAGCUCAUAAUAUUGCCCCUGAUGAUCCUUUUAUAAUGCAUGAGAAGGGAGUCAUUGCCUUUAUCAAGCUAGAGUAUGAACAAGCUGAAUGCCACUUCAAAGACGCAUUAACCAUUGUAAAGCAAAUAAAAAAAGGAAUAAUUCCACAAAGAUGGAGCUCUUUGUGUAACAAUUUGGGCCACACUUGCAGAAAAUUAAAGAAAUAUGAUGAAGCUUUGGAAUAUCAUAAAGAGGCGCUUUUAUUAUCUCCACAGAAUGCCGGAAUAUACUCCUCUAUAGCCUAUGUUCACGCUCUUAUGGGUAAUACAGAUGAGGCUGUGGACUGGUUCCACAGGGCUUUGGGUCUCAAAAGAGACGACACUUUUAGUACUACAAUGCUCAAUUACGUCAUGGAGCAGCAAUCAGAAGAAAAACCACCUUAUCCAGGUGCGCCAGAUGAAAUUCCAAAGUUUAUCAUUGAAAAUAGGGCGUCUACAACUGCUGGACAAAGUGUAGCACAAGACUCAACUUCUGCAGCACCAGACAUGAUUAUUGAUGAGACUGAUAUGAGUAUAGAAGUUGAAAUGGAAGAUAAAAGCAGUGUUAAAGAGUGAUUUUAAGAGUAA